AUGUCGGAUAAGCCCAUCAAGGAUGUGUCCAUGGUGGACGUAUCUAAUACAGAGCAUAUGGAAGAAGCGAUAGACCCUAGAGAUCUGAGCAGAAGGCAGGAAGAAAUAAGCCCGACAACGAGCAGAGUGAAUCAUUUCUCUAAUGAGCCGCCGCAAAGACGGAGGUCAACAAUGAUCUUGACCGAUGAUAUGGAAAUGGAUAAAUUGAGAACUUCGGGCGAUAAUUCUCGAAGUCAUGAUGAUGAUAGAAUGACGGUAGACUCUUCUGGCCAAGGGGCAAACAAUACCUCACAACAACCACAGGGAGUUCAACCUACUACUACAGAUCCUAAUGUCACUGUACCCGUAGACAUUAAGUGGGUACAAGGUGGUGAAAAAGUCUACGUGACAGGAUCAUUCACAGAAUGGCGUAAGAUGAUUGGGUUAGUGAAGCAACCAGACAAUACUUUUAUGAUAACAUUAGGAUUACCUCUUGGCACCCAUCGCUUUAGGUUUGUUGUCGAUAAUGAGCUAAGAUUUUCAGACCAUAUGCCAACGGCGACAGAUCAAAUGGGUAACUUUGUUAACUAUAUAGAGGUGACACCGGAACUCGUCUCGUCAUACUUACAAGAAAAUAAAAAACAAGACACCCAACAGCCAAUUCAACAUGAACCACAACCGAGUCGUAAACCAUCGGUUUCUAAAGCAACUACGAGAAGAGAUUCGGCUUGGGGAUUAACUAAUGAUGAUGAUGAUAUGGGUGAUGGGUAUUCGAGAUAUAAGGAUGAAGAUGAUGGAACUAAGAUCUUAAAAAAUUAUAAUUAUAUUUCAGACAUUCCACCAAUUUUCACCGAUCCCAAAGUCAUGGAACAGUAUUACAUUGCAAUAGAUAAGCAGUCUAAGAACCAAAAUGGUCAACAGCAAGCUUGGUUGCAUCCUCCACAUUUACCUCCACAUUUAGAGAAUGUCAUUUUAAAUAACUUCAAUUCAAUGGACAGGGACAAUAACUCAGGGGCAUUGCCAAUUCCUAACCACGUCGUAUUGAAUCACUUAGCUACUACGAGUAUUAAGCAUAAUACUCUAGCUGUUGCAUCAGUGGUCCGUUAUAAAAGGAAAUAUGUUACACAAGUCCUAUACGCUCCAUUGCAGCAAUAA